UGUGGAAAAAAAAAGAAAAAAAAAUGGAAAUUAAGUGUAAAUAUAAAUAUAUAUAUUUAUAUAUUAAAUAGUUUUAUUAAAUUAAUUAAAGAAAAGAAAGAAAAGAAAGGACAAAAAGAAGAAAAGGAGAAGAAAAUUUCAUUUUCUCUUUUCUUCUUCUUCUUCUCUUCCCUUCACCGCCAAGUUUGAAGACAUCCAAGUUCUCUUUAUUUUUUUUUUCUUUUUCCUUCUUCAAUUUGCAGAGAACUUCUAAGAGAGAGUUUGGAAGAAGAAGAGAAAUUUUACUAGAAUUUUUAGGUUGAAGAAGAGGAGGAGAACUCAAGCAAAGUGUAUCAAUGGCUGAAUUUUAGUUCAUUCUGCACAUCACUGGUUUUUAAUUCGGUUUGAACUCUUCAAAAGGAAUUAAGAGGGCAGUUGGUUUUCAAUCGAAAUAAGGAGGUCUCUGGUUUUUCUUGUAUUUCAGAGUGUAUCGGUGGAGUUAGAAUUUCUAUUUGGAACAAGUUAAAGAGGUCGUGUGCGCGCGAUUCUGGAAGUGGUUCUGUUUUGAGGGUUAUAUGUGUUUAUGCACGGGGAAUCAGAUUUAUAUGUCUUCAGGUAGAGAUCAACUUCCCGGUGCCUGAUAGACUGCCUUAGUCUGCGGAAGCUUCAUUAUCGAUUGCAAGAGUCAUGCCACCACGUACUGGUAGACGACGCCGGCAGAAUCAGGACGGGAUGCAGGGUCCUACCCAAGGUCCAUCUGUAGGGGAAUCUAGUACCCUAGGAGUUCGAGGUGGUGCAGGAAACGAGCAGUUUGCGAGAACAACACAGGAAAUAGGAAGGCCAGAUAGAGCAGAGCCUAGUGAUCCAGAAAAGGCAUACGGAAUUGAACGGCUGAAGAAGUUAAGGGCUACAGUGUUUGAAGGUUCCACAGAUCCAGCUGAUGCAGAGAACUGGUUGAAUAUGCUUGAAAAGUGUUUUGAUGUGAUGAAUUGUCCUGAGGAGCGAAAGGUUAGAUUGGCCACAUUUUUGUUGCAAAAAGAGGCUGAAGGAUGGUGGAAAUCUAUAUUAGCAAGACGUAGUGAUGCACGUGCUUUAGACUGGCAGACUUUUAGAGGCAUAUUCGAAGAUAAGCAUUAUCCCAACACAUAUUGCGAAGCCAAGAGGGAUGAAUUUCUGGGGUUGAAACAAGGAUCACUUUCAGUGGCUGAGUAUGAGAGGAAGUAUACCGAGCUUUCACGGUAUGCUGACGUUAUUAUAGCUUCUGAGAGUGACAGGUGCCGAAGGUUUGAAAGAGGGUUGCGUUUUGAAAUACGUACCCCAGUUACAGCCAUUACUAAGUGGACGAAUUUCUCUCAGUUAGUGGAGACUGCCCUUCGUGUGGAGCAGAGUAUAACAGAAGAGAAAUCGACAGUAGAGCUUAGUCGUGGGACUUCAACAGCUAGUGGAUUUAGAGGCCGUGAGCAGCGGAGGUUCACGCCUGGAAUAAAUAUUUCAAGCCGUCAAGAUUUUAAGAAUCGCUCUGGAGGUCAAGCAUCGAGGAACGUGAGUUAUGGUAGUGUUUUUCAGAGACAGAGCCAGAGAAUACCUAGUCAACCCAUUAGAUCAACAGUAAGAUCGCAACCAGGUCAGGAGUCCAUUGCUAGUACCGUCAGGCGAAUACCAUGCACGAGUUGUGGCAGGAACCAUCGGGGUCAGUGUUUGGUAUGUGCCGGUGUAUGUUACCAGUGCGGACAGCCAAGACAUUUCAAGAAAGAUUGUCCGCAGUUGAACAUGACAGUUCAGAGAGAUCAGGGAGUUGGGUCCCUGACAAUUGAGCAAUCGAGAGUUUCAGUGGUUCCAACAGAGGGCACCAGUGGUGCAAGGCAAAAGGGAGUUGUUGGAAGACCGAGGCAACAGGGAAAAGUCUAUGCUAUGACUCAACAAGAAGCAGAGGACGCACCAGACGUUAUUACUGGUACGAUUCUUAUUUGUAAUGUACCUGCAGAUGUUUUAUUUGAUCCAGGUGCUACGCAUUCCUUUGUUUCUAGUAUAUUUCUGAUUAAGUUGAAUAGGAUGCUAGAGCCUUUAUCUGAGGGGUUAGCUAUAUACACUCCAGUUGGUGACGUUUUACUUGUUAAUGAGGUGUUACGUAAUUGUGAAGUUUUAGUAGAAGGUAUCAGUUUGCUAGUGGACUUGCUACCACUAGAGUUGCAGAGGUUAGAUGUAAUUUUGGGAAUGGAUUUCUUAUUUGCUCAUUAUGCAUCUAUGGAUUGCCAUAGGAAGGAAGUGGUUUUCAGAAAACCAGUCUUUGCUGAAGUGGUUUUUAGAGGUAUGAGGAAGGCCGUUUCUAGAAGUUUAAUCUCAGUUUUGAAAGCUGAGAAAUUACUGAGGAAGGGUUGCACAGCGUUUCUUGCACACAUCGUAGUAGUGCAGAGAGAAAAACUAAAGCCAGAAGAUGUUCCUGUGGUGAAAGAGUUUCUUGAUGUAUUUCCAGAUGAUCUGUCAGGUUUGCCACCUGAUCGAGAGAUUGAGUUCACCAUUGAAUUAUUACCAGGAACAACACCUAUUUCACAGGCCCCGUAUAGAAUGGCUCCAAGCGAGCUAAAAGAAUUGAAGAUGCAGUUACAAGAACUAGUUGACAAGGGAUACAUCAGGCCUAGUGUUUCGCCGUGGGGAGCACCAGUGCUUUUUGUGGAAAAGAAAGAUGGUACCCUCAGAUUAUGUAUUGACUAUAGACAGUUAAACAAGGUUACAAUACGUAACAAGUAUCCUUUACCACGCAUCGAUGACUUAUUUGAUCAACUAAGGGGAGCAGCGUUGUUCUCUAAGAUUGACUUAAGGUCAGGAUACCACCAGUUGAAGGUUAGAGAAUCAGAUAUUGCUAAAACAGCAUUUAGAACGAGGUAUGGGCAUUAUGAGUUUCGAGUUAUGCCAUUCGGUUUAACGAAUGCGCCAGCGGUUUUCAUGGAUCUCAUGAACAGGAUCUUCCAUCGGUAUUUAGAUAAGUUUGUGAUUGUGUUCAUUGAUGAUAUAUUAGUUUACUCAGUUGACAGAGAAUCUCAUGAGGAACAUCUGAGGAUUGUUCUACAGACUCUACGUGAAAAACAGUUAUACGCUAAGUUCAGCAAAUGUGAGUUCUGGUUGGAACAAGUAGUAUUUUUGGGGCAUGUAGUUUCAGAAAAAGGAGUUAGUGUCAAUCCACAAAAAGUAGAAGCGGUUGUCAAUUGGGAAAGACCAAUUAGUGCGACAGAAGUACGUAGUUUCCUUGGUUUGGCAGGAUACUAUAGGCGUUUUAUUGAGGAUUUCUCUCGAUUGGCAUUGCCUUUGACCGCUUUGACAAGGAAGAAUGUUAAGUUUGAGUGGUCAGAUAAAUGCGAGCAAAGUUUUCAGGAAUUGAAGAAAAGACUAGUUACAGCACCUAUUUUGGCACUUCCUGUAACAGGGAAGGACUAUGUGAUUUAUUGUGAUGCUUCAAGGCUAGGAUUAGGUUGUGUGCUUAUGCAAGAUGGGAAUGUAAUAGCUUAUGCUUCAAGGCAGUUGAAGGAGCAUGAGUGUAAUUACCCUACCCAUGAUCUUGAGCUAGCAGCAGUUGUUUUAGCACUAAAAAUCUGGAGACACUAUUUGUUCGGGGAAAAGUGCCAUAUUUUCACAGAUCAUAAAAGUUUGAAGUAUAUUUUUGAUCAAAAAGAGCUAAAUCUGAGACAAAGGCGAUGGCUAGAACUGAUUAAAGAUUAUGAUUGUACUAUAGAGUAUCAUCCAGGUAAGGCCAACGUAGUAGCAGAUGCAUUAAGUAGGAAGUCAAGACUUCCGAAGAGUGCCUUGUGUGGUAUUCGAGUAGCUUUGUUGAAUGAGUUAAGAGGUUCCAAGGCAGUAGUAACUACAGAGGAUUCAGGAAGUCUCUUAGCUCAAUUUCAGGUUCGGUCUUCUCUAGUAACUGAGAUUGUAAGAAGACAGUCAGAAGACAGUAAUUUACAGAAGAAGUUUGAGAAAUCCAAGAAAGGCUUAGAGGUGGAGUUUGAGCUGAGAACAGAUGGAGCCAUUGUUAAACAAGGAAGAUUAUGUGUUCCGAAUAUCAGUGAGCUUAAGAAUGCUAUUCUAGAAGAAGCUCACAGUUCAGCUUACGCUAUGCAUCCAUGUAGCACCAAGAUGUACAGAACU